ACUUGAUUUAGGGUGGGACAGACAGACAGGUUGAAACAGUAGUUAGACUUCAGAGUCACAGUCAUUUCCUUAUCGCACUACAUCAUAGUAGUUAUGGUUUCAAGGGUUUUGUCCAGCGUUGUGUGUGUCCUGUGGGUGAUCCUGCUCCCGGUUGCCUCGGACGAUUUCUGUGGCGCCUUCAUAGACACAAGUGGUCGAACCCAUCCAGCUCAGACAUGUGGCCCUCAGUUCUGCUGUGGAACCUGUGCGAGAAGAUCCUGCUGCAGUGACAGGAAGUACCGGCUAACUCUAGAUGCACAAAGACGCUGUGCUGAGAGGCCUACUACUACUAACAAUGACAACGACAAAAAAAGCAAACUGGGUACACUUCUUGGAAGCAUCUUAGGGUCUAUUUUUCCCAUUAUCAUCUGCGUGGGUCUCAUCAUCUGCUGUUUUGCUCCUUGCUGCUUGAUCUACAAGAAGUGUCGAAAAGGAGGCAACCGAGGAUCCCACACUCCGAACACCACCGUAAUCAACGGGCCCCAGCAGCCAUUCCCACAACCCCCAGCAGCCCCCGGAUAUCAGCCGUCUCACCCAGGCUACCAGCCCGUACCUGUCGAUCCUGGAUUCGGAGGCCAGCCAAUGCCUACAGCACCACCAUCAUACAAUCCAGCCAAUCCUGCACCAGGUGGAUACCCUGCAGGGCCGCCGAUGGGACCCUACCCGGGUCAGCCGAUGAUGCCCUACCCGGGUCAGCCUUAUGCAACGCCCUACAACCCCUCUUAUACCGGACACCCUUAAACCGGACAGCUUGCUGGACCAAAGCACUGCAUGUUUGAAAACCCUGGUUGCACCAUUCUCAUGGGAAUGUGAAAUGUGUGGAUGACAUUGUGUCGGUACAGUGGGAACCAUCCUUUGCAGGAUGUCAAUUCAAAUAUAUCUUAGGAAAUCUAUAUUUUUCUAAUGUGUCCACAAUUUAAACUACUAAAAUGUAUUGCUAUAGAUUUCAGCUGCUUUUUUAUGGGUGAAAGUUUAUGAAUAAUAGCUUCAGUAAUGGCCAUUUGUUUAGCAAUUUAUCCAAUUUUAAAAUAUGGCCACUUUUAAAUGAAAGAGUUGAAUGUUGAAAAAUGUGUCUCAGAAGAUAAAUACAAGUAUCAAAACACACAUUUCAGAGAGAAAAGAAAUAAAAAACAAAAAUAUUAUGAGAAAAAUACAAAUACCUUAAGCAUGGGCACAGCAGUUAAGGGGAUAUUUAUUCUGAGAAUUCUGUAUUUAUUAAAAAUUCAGUCAUUCACAUUUUCUAAACAAAUUUACUUAAAUCUUUGCGCUCAGACUUUGUUUAUUCUUAACUGAGGAGUUUUGGGAUUUUCCUUCAAUAUGAGGCACUUUAUUGAAAAUGUUUUUUUUUUUAAUAAACUCUAACUGCCACUAGA